AUGUCUUUGAUAAUAAACGAAACAACAAAAAGCAUCAAAUCAUCACGUGCAUUUGCUACCGCUACUGCCACACAAACAUCAUCAAAGGUAACACAUGCUGAUUCGGAAACACAUCCAGCUACCGCAAAAUUACUAGAUAAACAAUCCAAGUACUUGAUCAACACAUAUAAUCGCCCACCAGUUAUUUUCUCAAGAGGAAAAGGAUGUUUGAUAUAUGAUUUGGCAGAUCGUGAAUAUUUAGAUUUCACAGCUGGUAUAGCAGUUAAUGCCUUCGGUCAUUCGGAUGAAGAAGUUACUAAAGUGUUAUCAGAACAAGCAAGCAAACUUUUCCAUACAUCGAAUCUAUAUUUUAAUGAACAUGCUGGUGAUUUGGCAGAAUUAUUAGUAGAAACAACAAAAGAAGGUGGUGGUUUUGAAGCAGCAAAAAUAUUUUUUUCAAAUACUGGCACAGAAGCUAAUGAAGGAGCAUUUAAAUUUGCUAGAAAAUGGGCAAAACUUUCUUCUGGUAAUCAAGAAAAAAUUGGUGUAGUAUCAUUUACUGACGCGUUCCACGGUAGAACAAUGGGAUCGUUGUCGGCUACGCACAAUAAAAAAUAUCAAAUUCAAUUUACACCUUUGGUGCCAGGAUUUACACUUGCACCUUUCAAUGAUACAAGUAAAAUUAAUGAGCAUGUUAAUCAAAACACUUGUGCUGUUAUUGUUGAACCGAUACAAGGUGAAGGUGGUGUUUGGAUUGCUACUCAAGAAUUUUUAGAAGCUUUAAGAAAAAGAUGUGAUGAAGUUGGAGCUUUAUUGAUUUAUGAUGAGAUUCAGUGUGGACUUGGUCGUACUGGUAAAUUUUGGGCGCACCAAAAUUUUCCAAAAUCAUGUCAUCCAGAUAUUUUAACAAUGGCAAAACCUUUAGCAAAUGGAUAUCCAAUUGGCGCAAUCAUGACAACUCAACGCGUGGCUGAUGCUAUUACAGUUGGUAAGCAUCUAAAUACUUAUAUAUCAACAUUAAACGUAUAUGGUGAUCAUGGUACAACAUUUGGAGGAAGUCCAUUAGCCUGCAAAUUAGCAUUAUCAGUGAUAAAACGUAUUAAUAGACCAGAAUUUUUAGCAAAUGUAAACAAGGUUGGAGAACUUUUCAUAAAAGAAAGUAAUGAAUUGAAAUCAAAAUAUCCAUCACUUAUUAAAGAAGUACGUGGACGUGGAUUGAUAAUUGGUGUACAAUUUAAUAAGGAUCCAACACCAUUGGUACAAUUAGCAAGAGAGAGAGGUUUAUUAAUUGUUACAGCUGGUAAUAAUACAGUUAGAAUUAUACCACCAUUGAUAAUAAAAGAAGAAGAAGCUAAGCGUGGAAUUAAUAUAUUAAAGGACGCUCUAAAAGUUUUUGAAAAUAAUCAAUAA